UUUGUUCAGUCUAGCCGGUGGGCUGAGUCAGAGGGAGGCUGUGCUAACCCAACAAAUCCAUACCACUGUGGGAACACCGACAACAGCGAGAAUAGGCCGGAAAAAUAGCUCAGGUUAUCCGGGAGUCCAGACCAAGACUGUUAGCGUGUUUAAUCAGAGCCAGACAUCAGGAAAAGUUGGUUUUGACUGUUGCUGAUGCUGCGUUUCGUUUCGGAAACCGUCAGGACCUGUGCGCCAGUUUUCGGCUUCUAAAACAGCCAUACAUGUCGAUUAUCUUCGCUCUUUGGUAGCUGCUUUAGCUAACAUCCUGAAAAAUGAACCGACUGGCUAGCUGCUAAGCCAUCACCGGUGUAUUGCUGACACUGUGCAGUUGUUGCCAUCAUCCACUGAUCCACGCUGACUCUCCCUUUCAGUUUCUGCUCAGCAUCCAUAUUUGCAUCCCAGGGAGUGGCAGCCACUAAUCCCCUUUUCCUGGCAAGAAAAUUGAAAGUUGGCCGGUGUGUCGGACACCUCUCGGACGCUCUAAUUUCACAUAGAAAGCUAAACAUGGAGAGCGACAGCCACCACUCCCACAUCUAGUGCCCGAUCCACAAGCCUUCAUCACCCAGGGAGGAGCUCUCAGAUCCUGGCCGUGUCCCUGCUACUGUAGAAUGAAUAUGCUCAAGUCCAGUGGACUGAAAAUCCCUGGCCGGGGGCCCAAGCAUUCCAGCCCAGUGGGAAGGACCUCAGCGGGUGGAACUUCCAGCCCCGUUGUCCCUAAAGACAACUGUCCACUCAAGCCCACCACACCAACUAAAAUCUCUGAAGAGGGCGACGAUGUUUUGGGGGAUUACACAGUGGGUGAACAGGUCUGGGUCAACGGCGUCAAACUAGGAGUUAUCUCCUACCUAGGGGAGACCCAGUUUGCCCCGGGACAGUGGGCAGGCGUGAUACUGAAUGACCUAGUUGGCAAAAACGAUGGUUCAGUGGGCGGAGUGCGCUACUUUGAGUGCCAGCCCCUCCAGGGCAUCUUCACGCGACCCUCGAAGCUCACCCGACAGCCGGUCGGUGAGGGAAGUGACAGCCACUCCACUGACUCACUCUCUGCCCAGAAUCAGACGCAGCAGGGUGGCAGUGGCGCCCCCCCUGGCCAGCGGGUGGUAGUGCCACUCAGAGAGGGCCUGCUCAACAGCGCAGUGAAAACGGGAAACGAGUCGGGGUCCAACAUGUCUGACAGCGGUUCGGUCAAGAAAGGUGGGGAUAAGGAUCUUCGAGUUGGAGAUCGAGUUUUGGUUGGAGGCUCUAAGAUGGGAGUCAUACGCUACAUGGGAGAGACUGACUUCGCCAAGGGUGAAUGGUGUGGGGUCGAGCUGGAUGAGCCCCUGGGAAAGAAUGAUGGUGCAGUAGCUGGUACAAGAUACUUUCAGUGUCUUCCCAAGUUUGGCCUGUUUGCUCCGAUCCACAAGGUGAUCCGCAUCGGCUUCCCCUCCACCAGUCCGGCCAAGGCUAAGAAGAGCAAGCGGAUGGCCAUGGGGGUUUCUUCUUUGGCCCACAGCCCCAGCAGCUCCUCCAUCAGUUCAGUCAGCUCGGUGGCCUCCUCUGUGGGUGGACGACCGAGCCGAACUGGACUGCUGACCGAGACAUCGUCGCGCUACGCCCGUAAGAUCUCCGGCACCACCGCUCUCCAGGAAGCCCUGAAGGAGAAGCAGCAGCACAUCGAGCAGCUGCUGGCCGAGAGGGACCUGGAGCGAGCCGAGAUGGCCAAGGCCACCAGCCACAUCUGUGAGGUGGAGAAGGAGCUGAGCGUCUUCAAGGCGCAGCACGUCCAGUAUGUAACGGAGAAUGAGAGCACCCUCCAGCAGGUCAAAGCCAUGUUGGCCAGUACACAGAAAGAUAAACUGGAACUGGCCAAUCAGCUUGAAGAAGAGAAAAGGAAAGUGGAGGACCUCCAGUUCAGAGUAGAGGAGGAAUGCAUCACCAAAGGAGACCUGGAGGGAAGAUGCACUCAUGAUGCAGUAUCCUUGAGGUUGGGUAAGAGAACCAAGCAAACCACAGUUGAAGAGCAAAGUCGUAUCAUGCAGCUGGAGGAGGAGCUCAGCCUCAAGAGAGCUGAGAUCGAGAACCUCCAGGCUCAACUCAGAGGAUCUGACACUAGCUCGCAGCAAGCCAACAACAGUGAGGCUGCCCCGGGGUCCGACACCCAGCCAGAGACCCUCCUCCUGCGCGAGCGGCUGGUGUCGGCGGGCCGCGAGCACUACAAGGAGAGCAGCGAGCUUAAAGAGAAGUAUGAGACGGCAUUAGCAGCGAGCCAGCAGGAGAUAGACUCGCUGAAGGCGGUGGUGGAUAAUAAGAACCAGGACAUCAGUGAGAUGAAGCAGAAAGUCCAACAUGCCACCAAGGAAAACAUGGAAAUGAUGGACACCUGGAAGGCAAAAUUUGACACUUUAGUGAGCGACCACCAGCGUUCCUUGGAGGAACUGAAGGCCACAUUGAGUAGUGAUCAUGCCUCUCCAGCAGGCCAAGAGCAGGACGCCCAGGAGCUGAGAGCCACUCUGGAGAGCCUUAAGAUGGAGCACCAGCUGGAGGUGGAGAAUCUCAAGGCCAAACAUAAGAUCGAAGCCGCCAUUCUGACCAAGGAACGUGAAGACCUCUGCACUCGUCUUCAGGAAGCCAAAGAUCAGCUGGCUGAGGGCAACCAAACGUGGAGGACUGAGAUGGAGGCCAAAAGCAGCAAGCAGGCCCUGGAGGAGGCUACUGAGAAGCUACAGAAGGCGGAGCAGAGGCUGGCAGAGAAGGAGAAGCUCCAGAUGGAGCAGGACAAAAGCACAAGGGAGCUGCGAGAGAGACUGGAACUCUCAGAGAAGAAGAUGACGGACUACCAGGCUCUGCAGAAGGCCCAGGCAGAGAGCCAAGAGGAGAUCCAGAAACUGGAGGAGAAGCUGAGGGUGACGGCGAACCAGCUCCAGGCCAUCCAGACAGACCGCUACACUUCCCAUGAUGCAAAUGUGAUAGAGGAUAAUGAAAUUUCAGAUGAGAAGAUGAAGCUAAAACAGAAUAUCGAAGAAACAAUGGAGAAGUUGUUGAAAAGGGAAAAAGAGGUCUCGACUCUCACUUCCCAGGUUGAAGCCCUCAAAUCCCAGAUCGGAGCACUGGAGGGCAAGGUUCGCUCAGGGGAAAAGAAAGCUGAAGCUCUGGCCAAGGAGAAGAUGUGUGUGGAGGCAGAGCUGGAGUCCAUGACCAGGAAGUCCCACGAUGCCUCUGGGCAGCUGGUCAACAUCAGCCAAGAGCUGCUGAAGAAAGAGAGGAGUCUGAAUGAACUGAGGGUGUUACUCCUGGGAUCACAUCGCCAUUCACGGGACAUGGAGAAAGACCUGAACCGAGAAGUGCACAAGGCCGAAUGGAAGGUCAAGGAGCAGAAACUUCAGGAUGACAUCAAGACCCUGCGUGAAAAAUUGCUCCUACUGGGUCGGGAACGGUCUUCACCUGACCACCGGCGGUACUCCAUGCUGGACCCCUCGGCCGUGGACUCUGAGGUGAGCCGCCUCCGCCAGCGGCUGCUCAGCACUGAGGACGCCCUGAGGAACGCCCUGGAACACAACCAGCAAGUUGACCAGCUGGUCCAGGCCAUGCGCAGGCAUCCAGAUAAAAGCCCGGUGCAUGGUGCAAAUUCAGCCAAUGGAAUUCAUCAUCAGGAGUCAGACAGUCCUCAAGAUGAACAACACUGAUAUGAGCGGAAGAGAUAAGACUGAACUGGGUACAUCUUAAAGAAAAGCUCGUCCGACGUUUCUCCUGAUCCUGCGAUGGACGUUUACAGUUAAUACCAAAACAGCGAAUCUCUAUCUUGAGUGAAUUUAUGUGUUGUUGCAGAAAGCACCUAUUAGCCAAUCAUGAAGACCACUUAAAGUACUAUAAAAUAUGAACAGGAAAUGGGACAUGGACAUGAAGAGAUAUUAUCCUGAGAACAUACAGUAUGGCAACUUUUGAUGCUUUACAGUAGUUAGAAAGUUUGAAUCUACAAGUUGCCGGGAACUCUGUGACAAUUCUGAAUUUUGAUGCGGAAGGCAAACGGCUGAUGGACAUCGAUGUGAAGAACUGAUGAACUGGGUCUCAGUCACUUUGUUUGUUUUAUUUAUUACUUUUACCUUGCUCCUCAGCUUUGUAAUAAUCCUCCAUGGGUGAGCUGUCUUGGCCAGUGAUACUCAGAGCUACUCUUCAAGGACGACACUGCCUAUUUCUUAGGCAGUUUGGCUCAUUUGUCACCUUACUUAAUACCUGAUGAGACAAUUGGUAGCAAAGUCAUUACAGUUAGCUCUGUCAAGUGUUCAAGCUCCUGCUUUAGUUUAAUAUAAGUAAUUGUGGGUGACUGGCGUUAUUGGGACCUUUAAAUUAAUACUCCAUCCAAAAUCUGUCUUUUGAGCAUAAAACACUAACACAGUAGGCUUGCAAAGUAGCUGUAAAAAGGUUUUGGUUUCGUCCUUCUUGGCUAUGAUUAGGUUGAAUCUAUUUGUGUUUUAAUGGAUUCCAGUGGUGGCCAGUUUUUUGGUUGGAAGAAUGUUUAAACCGUCCACGAAACCUCCUAAACCACAUCCCACAACAUAAUCCACUUCUCCACUCUCCAUCCAUGUGCUGAGUCUGUUCCAAACACAGAUCUGAAGCAGUCCAAAUUUUUUUUUUGUUUUUUUUUGUUUUUUGACAUGUAAACAAAAUUUCUGUCUUUAACAUUUAUGAAGUCAGUUACAAAAAGUGUAAAACCCUGCGCUGUCAAGCUAACAUCAAGAGCAAGCUACAGUACUCUUGGAGUAUCCUGAAUAAAUAUUUUUUACACUCUGAAACCCAUUUCAGGUUUAUAUUUGGGUCUUUAAGUAAGCAAUCAAGCACAACAAGGUGUCUUGAUAUAAGUAAAAAGAUGGAGAAGGUGGAGGCACAACACAAAGCAGUUUAUUCCCUCUGCCAUCCUUUGAGUGCAUUACCACACUUACAGUAUAUAAUGGAAACACUAAAGGGAAAUCUAAUAAUUUAGUUUCUUUUUAGCUAAUGUAUAUGUAGUAUAUUUGGUUUAACCCUAAUGCCAAUGACAUAACAUGAACUGACCACAAGUUCUUGUGAAUCGCCAACAAUUGCUUACCGUAAUGUAUUCUAAAUCAUCCACGAGGAGAGAGUUAUCUGUUACAGGACUGACAGGGAUGAUUUCAACCACCAAUUCUUUCUUCAGGUAUUGGGUAAGGUGGCUAUUGGGCCAGUGUCCUAAAAAGUAGUCCUUUUUAGCCAUUGCACAUCAGUGGACUCCCUGGCUUAAUGAAUUAAUGAACCUGGGAAGGCCUGCUGAAUUCAGCUCUGAGUUAUGUUACUGUAUGUUUAUAGAAUGAAUAUGGUGAAUUAUUCCAGACUUUUGCGUUCUCUUAAACUCUGUCUGACCCUGUACCAAUACACCUCUUACUCUAUCAGUAACGAUCAGCUUUUUCAUUUACUGUGGACUAUGUAUCAGUACAAACUCCAUCCAUACACUAGUAUUAAUUAAUUAUAAAUGGUACGUGAUAGCAGCCCUAUUUGAUGCCCAUUUGAGCCCAUUUUGAUGCUGUAUCGAAAUGUCCCUGGGUUACUUCACUGACCUUUUGUUAAGAAUGGGCUAUUGAAGGGCUGUCGCAGGAGCUAAAACCCAAACAAUGGAUGUAAGAUGUUACACUCCUCCUUUCCCAGGUUGACAACAUCUGGAUUUCAUUUGCAAAAAUGUUAUCAACAUGAAUGGAAUUCAUACUGUAAGUCUUCCAAAUAUUGUUUGAUCCAUUUGUCAACUAAACCAGGAGAUCCUGUUUGUAGUUGGUCAUAGGUUGAUAUUGCUUUGCAGGAGACAUUACACAGAGGUGAGUGGUGUGGAAAGCUUGGAGUAGUGUCUCCUGAGCAAAACAUGCAGGAAAGGCACUGGUCAGCUAAGAUAAAAUAUAAAUUUUCCAUUGGAUAUUGUACAUGGCCUUUUCAGCUGGAGGGUUCAUACCCUUUGGAUUAUUGCUGCAAUGGUUUCGGAGAUUGCGUCAUUAAAUAUUAACAAUGUGG